AUACCGAAGCGGGUGGGGAAGCAAAUCUGCGAUUGGAAGAACGGAAGAAAGAAGGAGAUAAAAUCAUUCACGCUUAAGCCAUAAAUGAUCGUGUUGAAGUGGUUCAUUACUUCCGAUCGCGGAAACCGAAUACCGCGCAACUUAUCUGAGGGUUUUCGGAACUACUACUCGUCCAUUUCAAUUCUGAUCGUGAACGAGGCAGUAGUGUGAUUAGUUUAUUUCGCGUGCGUUUUAUAGGUUUAGCUAGUGCGGUAAAAUAUAGGAGUGCGGUCUACGGACGCUUUUUCGUGUGUUAUUGUAGAAAAAAGAAGCCGUUGUCGGCUUCUUUUUUGGGCUUUCUUUUCGCCCUUUACUAGCCGCUGCACUGGCGCGACGCUGCCGCCCUCACGCUGCUGACCCACGACGGGAUUGGAAGUUGCUGCUUUGGUUAAACGUCGGCACUUGCGAUCAGCCGGCAAACGACGCUGUCGAAGUAGUUCGAGCGACGCCAUCGCUCCACACCGAUCGACGCCAUCGCUAUCAUCGAGUGACGCCAUCGCAGCUCAUCGAUCGACGCCAACGACGCCAAUCAGAACAGCAGCGAACGCAACAAGUCAUCGACGGUAGGGCUAUUAAUAGCACCGACGGGACUUCUUUAUCUACCUAUCUGUGCAAGCUAACCAUCGGAAUGGAGGUAGUCGGCAGACUUGAACGAUAUCGCAUAUUUCGUCCCAAGGAUCCCAACGCAGAGCCUGUGUACCGAGAUGCGAUGGCACGUAUAGAUUGGUUCAACGCGUUCAUUGGCAUUUCCAUGUUUGAGAAGUAUGUGAAUUUGAUCAAUUUUCGUUAUCUGUACGGAGCCGCCACAUUGACCGUUUUUUUCUACUUUGUUUGUGAGACCACUUAUUACUAUCGAGAUAAUGUUGAAAAUAUUCUGAUGAGCGUCACAACUGUAGGAUUUGCAGUGCAGAUGGUCUCCAAACAAUACACAUAUGCUUUUAAAAGAAAGCGAAUUGUGGAUAUUCAUGAGAUGAACUUGGAGUACUUGAAUUUCGAUGUAAUUCAGGAUCCUGCUAUACAACUUGCCAUUAGAAAGAGUGCUAUUUUGUCUCAUAUAUUAAUCAAGAUGACGUUGGUAGGCUACUUAGUUCUGGUAAUUCUGAUCGCCACGGUACCUGUUAUACUCGGUUUUAUGAUGGGUGAAGUUUUACUUCCUUUCGGGUUCGAAGUGAUCCAUUCAACAUCUUGGACGGCCUUUUGGAUCAACUAUGGUUUUCAGUUGAGUUGUACCUACUUUACGGGGCUUGUUUCGUCCAGCUCUGAUGCCCUAUUCAUAUUGAAUGUGUUUACUGCCUGCGAACAAAUUGAUGCAAUUUUGGCUCUAUUAGCAGAACUGAAUCUUAUGGCAAGAAGCAAUAUGCCGGAACAACUACUUUCUGAUCAGUUAACAAAAAUUCUUCGUCUUCACCAGCAUCAUCAGCAGUACAUAAGAAAGCUGGAAAAUGUGUUUGACUGCUACUUCCUGAUUGCAAUUGCAAUGCUCUGUUUUUGUAUGUCCUUGAGCCUGGCUGCUUUUACAUUGAUAAAUUGGUACAUUGGUCUGGCAGUGUUCUGUUUUUCUUCAGCACAGAUUUUCUACAUGUGCUUUUUGGGAACUCAUUUAGAAUCAAAGAACGAACAGCUGAUGCUUGAGGUGGGUUCUUUUGCCUGGUACGCACUUAAUGUACACGAUCAGAAACGAGCUGUAUUGCUUCUCGCUGCUACCCAGACACCAGUCACACUAUCGGCUGUAAUGGAUAUACUUAACGUGGAAACAUAUUUAAAGAUUCACAAAACCGUUUAUUCAUUUUGGAUGUUUCUUCUGCAAGUAAAAGUUUAAAAUGACACUAAUAAUAUAAAUAUUAUAAACCGUUUUCCAUGUCACCUCAAUUCACAUUUUAGUAGUAUUUGUUUGU